ACCCCGCUGCUCUUCUUCAUCUAUCCAGGAGCAUAUCAAGCUCAAUAUCACCAGGAGACCGCACUGAUAGAUUCAAUUCCGCUCCAGUCACUCACAGGAUUCAACGUGGGCAGCUUUCUGUCCCGACCAGAUAUUCUUUGCCGGCCGACCGCCAGUCACCCGCUCCUCAGCCUUCUCAGCCUUGUCUCGGGAGCCGACUCUAUCCAGACCCGAGGCGCGGAAAAUCACCCAUCCGGCAUCCCAUCUUCCGCCGUCGUAUUCCUUUCCACUUUGGAGUUGCGCUGCUUAGCGAUCAAGACAUCUUGCGUCCUGUCUGAUGUCUUGACCAGAGCUUCGACGUGUAUGAAAAGCUAGCUUAAUGCGAGAGCUUGACGGCUCCAAAGACCUCAACAAGACGGGUCAGCAAACCAGCCGAUCGCAGUCUAUGAGACCAGCGGCUAAAUGACUGGGACUUCGAUAAGUAUGGUUGCAUCUCAUCAAUGUUGAAAAUACGUCGGGACAGAAUCCGAAAUACUCGAUCCUUGAGUCAAGAACUCCAAACUUACCAGGUAUAUCGAGUACAGAUCCUGGUCUUGCCAGCCCUGAGAUCCAUAAGUGAUAACAUUCAAGUUUCGAAAACCUACUCGAUCUAACACUCAACCUCUGACCACACAAUGUCCCUGCCCGGCCUCAAACGUCUCCUCGACCAAAAACGCAACCCUCCCUCUCCUGCCACACAACCCUUCACCGGCCUCACCAUCCUCAUCACAGGCGCGACGUCCGGCCUAGGCCUGGAAGCAUGCAAGAAACUCGCCGCUCUCAACGUGGAGCGUCUAAUCAUAACCGGCCGCACCAAUGCCAAAGGCCAGGCCGCAAAGCGCGAGAUCGAGGAAUCCCUCAAAUCCACCCCAAAGAACAGCACCACUAGCCCGAGCACCCCCGAAAUCAUCCCCCUCGUUCUAGACAUGGACUCUUUCUCCAGCGUCCAAGAUUUCGUCACCACCCUGCAAUCCCGCUUCCCAGCCAUCGACGGCGCCAUCCUCAACGCGGGCUUGAUGAUGAAGAAAUACUCAGUCAGUCACGACGGCUGGGAAGAAACGAUCCAAGUCAACGUCCUGAGCACGAUCCUUCUCGGCGUGCUCCUCUUACCUGUUCUUCUCGCUACUGCCGCAGCGAAAUCCCGAUCCCAAUCCUCAAACAACGUGUACAAGCCGCAUUUGACAUUCGUAUCCUCGGAUCUCGCGAAUACAAUGAAACCCGAAAAAAUGCGAGCCUUCAUCGCCAGCGAGUCGCCGCUCGAGGCCCUCAGUGCUCCGAUAAACUUCCCUCCCGGCGUCGCAGGCGGAAGUAUCCAGUACGCCCGGUCGAAGCUCGUGCUCGAGCACGCGGUGCGACAUCUAGCCGCCUCCUCUUCUUCCGCCGUCACCAUACAGGGUUCGUCCAUGUCCCUUGACGGCGGCCAACAACACCAAGGACAAGGACAACAGCAGCAACAACAACACCCAAAAGUCAUCAUCAACACCGUCUGCCCGGGGAUGUGCAAAAGCGGUCUGGGACGACAGAUGAAGGGUAACCCCAUUUUCAAGUUUUUCGCCUGGCUCUUCUACGCUGUCUUUGCCAGGACGGCCGAGCAGGGCGCCAACUCCUACAUGACGGCUCUGCUGGUCGGUGAUGAAAUGCACGGCCAGAUGUGGAAGGACGAUCGUAUCUACGAGGUUGGCCCUAUGAUUGUCGGUCCGGAAGGGCGCGAGUUUGGUGACAAGGUUUGGAAUGAGGUUCGGCAGGUUAUUUUGAAGGCGGACUCUAGGACGAAGCCUUUUCUGCCUUGAUUUAAGUUUUGCUCUUAACAACAGGUGGACGGCGGGGCUGUUUGGGACACGAUGCUUCCCCUUCCCUACGGUACCUAUAUUGGUACCUAUAUUGGGGUACCUAUAUAGUAGGUAUCUAGCUAAUUAAUAAACAUCUUCG